AUGCCUCGCUCCUCAACGAAACGUAAAGCCGAAACGGUGAAGCCGGAUACGAAUGGUCAUACUCUUGACGACGGCCCGACACCCAAGGCAAGUCGUACUGAUGAAGUCAAUGGACUAUCAGUCAUCGCAGGUCAGAGAUUUGGGCAGCCGGCCGAGUAUAUUGAUCUUGAGAGCGAGAAUUACAUUCCUCUCACGCAAGUUGCCGGCGAGGAUGAGGAUGACGCUGGCGCCGAGGAUCUCGUGCAGUCAACCCAAGGCAUAGAUGAAUCUUCGGAGUCCGGAUCGAUUCUGUAUGGCAAGAUCGAUGGAAAGAUCGUAGGAGUUCGCUUCUACAGAGGAGUGGCCACUCUGGGUGAGCAUGUUGUUCUUAAAAGGGAGCCCAAUAAUCAGUACGAUCGCAAUGCCAUCCGUGUGGACAACGUGAUGGGUGCUCAGAUUGGGCACAUCCCACGAGGCAUGGCUGCAAAACUGGCUCCCUACAUGGACUCGCACGAUCUCUCUGUGGAGGGGGUUUUUACGGGUCAUAAAGGGCAAUUUGAGUGCCCAGUGCAGCUUCGACUCUUUGGAACUAAUGAUCCAGCGCGGCGAGAGGACCUCAAGCAGCGGAUGCAGAAUGACAAGCUACCCGUGAAAGAGUUUAACCAAGUCCAACGAGAGCAAAAGGAACAAGAGACGCAGCGCGCUCAGAAAAUCAAACAGUCUGAGAAAAAUGCUCGAGCUAUGGCGCUUGGAAAAGCCGCUCAGCAGUGGCAACUGAAUGAUAACGCUGCGUUUGUGAACUUGUCCACCCCCACGGGACUUGCUGAAAGUCAGAGUAUUGAACAGCUUCUCGACGAAGCCAUCUCCUACAAUCCCCGUGAUAUUAGCAAGGUGGUUGAAUCCUUCGGUCAGAAAGAGGCCGAUCUGGAGAAGAUGCCCAUGGCCCCUUGCCCGCCAGGCCUAUCGACCGAGCUACUGCCCUAUCAAAGGCAGGGACUUGCAUGGAUGAUCAGCAAAGAAUCUCCUUCUCUGCCAGCGCCAGGCUCGGACGCCAUCGUCCAGCUGUGGAAACGUGAUGGAUCCCGAUUUACCAAUAUUGCAACGAAUUAUUCCACUGAUAAAGAGCCACCACUGGCAAGCGGCGGCAUUCUCGCCGACGAUAUGGGUCUUGGAAAAACGAUCCAAAUAAUAUCUUUGAUCAUGGCCAAUCCUUCACCACGAACCCCAGCUUCCAGCAAGACGACUCUCAUCCUCGCUCCCGUGGGAGUCAUGAGCAACUGGCGAAACCAGAUCCAGGACCACACUCAUAGCGCGUCUGCGCCAAAAGUUCUCAUCUACCACGGAUCAGGCAAGAAGGAAAAAGCUAGACUUGCCGAAUAUGACGUGGUGAUCUCCAGCUAUGGGGCGCUUGCCAUGGAAUUCGAGCCCAAUACGAAGACACCCGCCAAAACAGGAAUAUUCUCUCUGCAUUGGCGACGCGUUGUACUGGACGAAGGUCAUACUAUCCGUAACCCUCGCUCCAAGGGUUCACUCGCCGCCACAGCCUUGCGAGCGGACUCUCGUUGGACAUUGACUGGCACCCCGAUUAUCAACACCCUCAAGGAUCUUUACUCUCAAGUUCGCUUUUUACAUUUGUCGGGCGGUAUGGAAGAUCUCAGCGUAUUCAACAGUAUUCUGAUUCGACCGCUGGCGAAUGGAGAGCCGGAGGCCCGCUUGCUUCUCGAGGCCUUGAUGGGCACCAUCUGCUUGCGUCGCAGGAAAGAUAUGAAUUUCAUCAAUUUGCGACUACCCGAAAUGACAUCGCGUGUGCUGCGGGUGAAAUUCCAUGCCCAUGAGCUGGAAAAAUACAAUGCAUUCCAGAACGAGGCCAAAGGCGCUCUACUCGAAUUCAAAGACAAGGAAGGCAGCUACUCCACAUUAUUGGAGGUCAUUCUUCGUCUUCGUCAAGUCUGCAAUCACUGGGCUCUGUGCAAGAAACGCAUUGACAAGCUCAUGGGAGAUCUUGAAAAAUGGAAAGUCCUUCCCCUCACACCAGAGAACAUGAAGGCCCUUCAGGAUAUGCUGCAAAUCCAGAUCGAGAGUCAAGAAGCGUGUGCGAUUUGUCUCGAUAACCUCGAGAAUCCAGUGAUUACGGCCUGUGCACACGCCUUUUGCCGUGGGUGCAUCGAGCAAGUCAUUGAGCGACAGCAUAAAUGUCCGCUCUGCCGUGCAGAUAUCAAAGACACGACUGGCCUCGUCUCUCCUGCAGUAGAAAUGGGUGAAGAUGCCGAGACGGCCGUUGCUGACCCAGAAAACCCAAGUAGCAAGAUUGAGGCACUGAUGAAAGUCCUGACUGCGCAUGGCCAAGCCCCCGGUACCAAGACCGUGCUCUUCAGCCAAUGGACCUCUUUUCUGGAUAUCAUUGAGCCGCACCUUCAACAACGAGGGAUCGAAUUCGUACGUAUUGACGGCAAAAUGCCAUCGGUUAAACGCGACAAUUCGAUCAAUGCUUUCACACACAACCCGAAAUACACCGUCCUUCUUGCUAGCCUCAGUGUCUGCAGCGUUGGUCUCAACCUUGUAGCGGCAAACCAGGUCAUUCUUGCAGAUAGCUGGUGGGCACCCGCCAUUGAAGACCAGGCCGUAGACCGUGUUUAUCGCCUCGGUCAGAAACGUGAGACUACUGUCUGGCGUCUCGUGAUGGAGAACAGCAUUGAAGAGCGUGUUCUCGACAUCCAAGAGCGUAAGAGACACCUCAUGCUUACGGCAUUCCGGGAGACUGGCAAAAAGAGGGCCGAGAGUACAGCGACUCGCAUUGCCGACUUUGAGACACUUUUGAGUUGA